AUGAUGGAGUGGAGUCAGCAGUCCCAAGUACAGCAUGAUGCUUUCACCUGGUUUACAGGCUCCCAGCUUGGCUCUGUGAUCAGAAAUGGAGUAGUCCCAGAAUGGUUUCAUGGGAUAAUUUCCAGGAAGACUGCGGAGGAACUACUGGUGUCCAAGCCUCCGGGCUACUUCCUCAUCAGAGUCAGUGAGAGCAGGAUUGGCUAUACUCUCUCAUAUCGUGCGGCAGACCGCUGUAGACAUUUUAUGAUUGAUGCAUUGAAGGACGGCCAUUAUGUCAUUGUGGGUGAGAACAGGCCUCACUGGUCUCUGCAGGAUGUGGUGGACUUUCAUCGUAGGAAUCCCAUCUUGCCUUUCACUGAGGUGCUGACUGUCGCUUGUGGACAAGCUUCAAAUGACUCGACUGAUUAUGCAGAACUGCUGUUUCCCCAAAGAAAUCGGAACCCUAACACCAGUUUAGUAACAAACAACUCCCUACCUCCCACAAAGAGUAACCCUGUAGCACUGGAAGACACUCCACCUGCCCUUCCUUAUCGACCUAAUAACCCAAGGAACACUUCAGCUCUGUCUCCAAGCAGCCAACAGAACAGACUUUAUCCUUCUUUGGAGGAUGAAUUUUCCAACACCACCACUCCAGUUCCAGCCAUGGACAUCAAGCCUGUGCCAGUUGCCAGGAAGAGAUAUAACGUUACCACUGACAGCGUUCCACUCAACCAGCGUCCUGAAGUCCCUGCUCGGCCCUCUGUACCUCCACCAAAGCAGAACCAGGCUUGCAUCAGAACUGUUUCUGCACCUGAGAGGCCAUCCACAUCUACAGCCACUGACCAUCCACAUGGUGUCAACAUGCUGCCUGCGAGGAACCAGGAAACAAAACCAUCGGUGGUCACAAACCUAAAGAACCUCAAGAAGAAAUUCCAAAAGAAGAGGAGCAUGUCACAGGAGUACGCUGAGAUUAAUAUGGAGGCUGAACAGAGGAUGGAGGCAAUUGACAGGAGUGCAAGUACUGAGAAUGAGUACCAGGAGAUCACAGGGCAGCAGACCUUUGAUGGUGCACCGUUUUCCUACACUUGCACUGGUGCAAGAAAGACUGAUGGAAGGUUACCACAAGAGUAUCUUCCACCUCCUCCGUUUGCUCCAGGCUACUGACAGACAGCAGGCCCAUGAGAAAAAAUGUGAAGAUGAGCUGGAUUGUAAAGAUAACCUGAAUUUACAUUACCAAAGAAAGUGAUCUGAACCCAAUUGGGUAGUGGUGCAGAAGAAAACCAGCAGUGAAACAAAAAGAGGAGGACACACAAACAU